AUGGCGGCCAUCAGCAUCGGGGAUACUGUCAUGGUCCCCGGCGACAUGCAUGGUGUCGUCAAAUUCAUCGGCCCUGUCACUGGGAAAAAGGGAAUAUUUGCGGGCGUACAACUUGCAACAGAAUAUGCGCCUCGCGGCAAAAAUUCCGGCGAGGUGGAUGGAAAAUACUACUUCAGAACCACGAUCCCGGGCUCGGGCAUAUUUCUACCCUUGGAGAAGGCCGUGAAGAAACCCGGCAGUGCUGGCAGUGCAGGAUCAGGAUUGGGGCUCAGUGGUGUCAGAGCAAGUCCUGGCCCGGGCACACCCACCAACAGACUUGCCAGCUUCAAUCAGGGUGGGCGGACCCCCGGCGUGACCACGGGUCUUGUCAAACCCAGCUUCAGUCAGUCCAUAGGUCCCGGUGGACUGAGAUCAUCGGGUGCCGCCAGCCCGGCACUCAAACCACCCCUCAGAAGAGAAUCACUACCGCGACCCUCGAGUCCGCUGCGCAAAGUCAAUACUCCGACACCCAGGACGCUGGCCACACCCAAGACACGACCCAGCGGUAUCGGUCUGGCAAAGAGCACAAAUGGAGGAGGCCCUGGCGGGCCUUACGCAAAAGCCAGCCAGCAACGCGGUGUCAACAACUUCAGCCAGAGCCUGAGACAGGGCAGCUCGACUGCAUCUGCAAGUCCCUCGUUAGGCCCCGAGUCAAGUUUCGAUGAGAUCCCCGAACAAGAGGCGGAAUCCACACCGACACCGACACCCAAUUUCAGCCGAAAGACGGCCGAAAGCAACGUGGAAAAGUACGAGACCAAGAUUCGCGAAUUGAAUGAAGAAUUGGAAAACGCGAAACGCCAAAUACAUGACCAAGGCACGAGUUUUGCCGAAAUGGAACGGAACUUCAACGAGAUACAAAAACUCCUUCCUGGACUGGAGGAAGAUCAGCAGGCGGAGAAACGGGCCCGAGAGGAUGAUGAAGACGACCUCCCCCGUGACGUCGUUUCCCUAAGAGAAGCCCUCCGGGAGAAGAAUGAGAAGAUCAAAUUGCUCACGGCGGAAUUUGAUGCUAACCGUGCUGAUUUCCGCUCGACGAUCGAUACGUUGGAGAUGGCGAGUACCGAAACGGAACGUGUCUACGAGAAGAGAGUAGAUGAGUUGCUCGAAGAAGUGAGAAAUCUACAGGAUCGAAGUGAGGAUGUCGAGACCGUCGCACAGCAACUUAAGCAGUUGGAAGAGCUUGUGCAGGAGCUUGAAGAAGGCCUCGAGGAUGCAAGGCGCGGCGAGGCUGAGGCGCGUGGCGAGGUGGAAUUCUUGAGGGGCGAGGUCGAGAGAUCGAGAAGCGAGUUAAGGCGGGAGAAGGAGAGGAUGAAGACGGAAGAGCAGCUGAAUGGUGGUGGUGGCUACUCGUCUUCGUCCAAAGUCCAAGAGCUCGAAGCACAAUUAACCGCAAAGGAUGAUGAAAUCAGGGGAUUGAAAGCCAUUAUCCAAAAUUUGAAUGCUACCAGCCCUAAACGACCAAACGGUAUUGCGGUGGCCAACGGACAUCAAAGGAAAGAUUCGUCCCCGGUUGGCGAUGGCGGAGAAGAUGCUCUGCAACAACAAAUUCGCGAUCUUGAGGUUCUUCUGCAACAAAAGAGUGCUCAUGAGGAAGAACUUGUGCAAGAGGUCAGACAGCUACGAAAUAGCGUCACACUUUCAAAGUUCCCUAUGCCUAUGGGCGGAGCUGCGUUUGGCAUCCAUACAGGUAUGCGCACUGGGCACUCUAGGAGCAACAGCGAGGAACUGGAUCGCAAGCACCUCAGCACCGGUACCAUUGGAAGCCAGCGGACGGUUGUCCUCGGGCCUGUGAAACGAAACGGAACCAGUGGUCAUGAGCGACAAGACAGUCAAACAACGGGCCAGGAAGCCUGGCAUGAUGCUCCCUCGGGGAUAGCGUCGCCAGUGAGACAACGUCUCGAUUAUGACACUGGCGUCAGGGAACGAGAGAGGUCUGACGAUGGCGUAACGGAUGUGUCUACAUCUGAAAGCGCAGUUUUGUGGUGCGAGAUCUGCGAAGAAGGCGGGCAUGAUAUUUUGACCUGUGGAAACAUGUUUGGCCCAGGCAAGAAGACUACGACCGACGUCGAUUCGUCCCAUAUGGACGACCAAAAUGACAGAAGCGUCGGUCUCGAGGGCCAUCCCGGAGAUGAUGAAGAGCAUGUCGACCAUGCUGGACAGGUGCUGGCAGUGACAGCAGGACCACGGGAUCCAGAUCGACCAGCGCCCCUUAUGAGUCGAAAGUCGACGAACAACACCAUCACCUCACCGUCCGACGUCAACCCCAACCCGCCGCCUACAGAAGAUCUACCCUCUCCACCAGUUACAUCAGAAACCCCAGAAUCUCCCAGUGUGAGAAUGGCAAAUCCUCCGCUUCCCGCUCCAUCCACAUCCACGGCUGCUCCAGUCCAAGCACCAGCCAAACUUAUAGAGGGAACAGGUGCACAAGCCGGCAUGCUAGCUGGGCGGACGACAGGUGUCAUCGACCCGGAGAAGUGGUGUGCAUUGUGUGAGCGUGACGGGCACGAAAGCGUCGACUGUCCCGUUGAAGAAGCCUUCUAG